CAACAUUCAUCGUUAGCCGUCAGCGUUUCGAAUCCAAUCCAAGAGAAGUCGGGUGUCCAUGCGGCUUUUCGUUGCUGUCGCAUGAAGCUUUUCAGUUGCUAAGAGCCCGUACUUGCCGGGCGGAGUGAAUAUCGCCCCGUUUCAUCAUGGGUCGCAAAGCGGACUUUAACGAAAAGCCGAAGAAGCGACGAUCGAGGAAAUCGAAGAUCCAACCCCCGCCGGAGAUACCAAAGGCUUUGAGAGCGGAGAAGCCGCUGUCGAGGCGGGCACUGAGAAAGUUGAAGAAAAGUCAAGCCGUAAAGAAUGAACUCACAAGUAAAGUGAUCACCAAAAAGAAAGUAGAAGAAGAAGAGGACGACGACCAAUUUACAACGAAGGUCCAGUCAUUUUCCGACGACAACAAGAAAUGGCUGAAGCCAAAGGCGUCGAAGAAGCAGCUUUUGGGAUCUGAUGAUGACGACGAUGACGGCUCUGACGAUCAGCAAGAGGAUUUCGGCGAGAGCUCUGAUGAUGAUGCUGCUAUGGAUGACGAGUUCGCUGUUUCAGAAAGCGGCGAGGAUGAGGACGAAAGUGAUGACGAAGAGCUGCCCAUUGAAGCUGCAUCAAGGAAACUUCAGAAGAGACAGGAUGAAGAUAGAAAAUUAGCUGAUGAGGAGCUAAAAACAAACAUAGCUGAAUCUGAGGUCUUCACACUUCCAAGUGGACAAGAAAUCGAGAAGGAGAAGGCCGAGCCCCCUGACCUGGCCAUCAUCAGUGAAAGGAUAAAAGACGUCACAUUCGUCCUCAACGACUUUGCGAGCAGAAGGGAACCUGACAGGCCCCGUUCCGAAUAUCUGGAAAUUUUGAAACGAGACUUGUGUGAAUACUACAGCUAUAACGAGUACUUGAUGCAAAUUAUGGACCUUUUCUCGCCUGCCGAGCUGAUAGAGUUUUUAGAGGCCAAUGAAGUCAACCGGCCUGUGACGAUCCGUGCCAACUCGUUGAAGACAAGGCGACGUGAUUUGGCUCAGGCUCUCAUCAACCGAGGUGUCAACUUGGAUCCCAUAGGAAAGUGGUCCAAAGUUGGACUCAUUGUCUACAACUCACAGGUCCCAGUUGGUGCCACUCCAGAGUACCUCGCCGGCCACUACGUUCUGCAGGGUGCGGCUUCCAUGCUGCCUGUCAUGGCACUCGCCCCUCAGGAGAACGAGCGAAUCCUGGACAUGUGCGCUGCUCCCGGAGGGAAGACCAGCCAUAUAGCUGCAAUCAUGAAGAACACGGGGGUCCUCUUCGCCAACGAGUUACACAAGGAACGAUGCAAGGCCAUUGUCGGUAACCUGCACAGGCUGGGCGUGAACAACACCGUUGUCUGCUCGUACGAUGGUCGCAAGUUCCCUGAGGUUGCCAAAGGAUUUGACAGAGUGCUACUGGAUGCACCAUGCAGUGGCACAGGUGUCGUGUCCAAGGACCCUGCUGUUAAAACAAAUAAGGAAGAGAAAGACAUCCUUCGCUGCUCCCAACUUCAAAAGCAGCUCAUUCUUGCUGCCAUCGACUGUGCCGACUGCAGUGACAACAAGCCAGGAUACAUUGUGUACAGCACAUGCUCAGUUAUGCCUGAGGAGAACGAAUGGGUCAUCGACUAUGCCCUGAAAAAGAGGAACGUCAAGUUGGUGCCGACGGGGCUUGAUUUCGGUCGGGAAGGUCUCACCAGGUAA